UUUAAGAUUCCCUCCUUUUCAUGUUUGUGCUCAUAUGUCCUCUGCUUGCAAUGCAGGGAUGAUAUCUGCUGCUUUGAGACUAAGAAAAAUGUCGCCUCAAAGGACUGGUCUUGCAGCCUUCAUGUUUCUCAUGCUAGGAACAACAUUAGCAAAUGACUCCCCAUUUGUUCUGAUUAACAAGGCCACUGGGUUUUGCUUGGUAAAAAGAAGCAUCCGCUGCACAGAUGUUCGCUGGACGACGGGCAACCGACUUUUUGUGACUACAACCAAAAAGUGCCUGGGAGCUCAGGGCAAAAGCGUGGGGAGUGAGGUGAGCCAGUAUGACUGCAAUGAAAAGAGUGACCUGCAGAGGUGGGAGUGCAAGAAUGGAACGCUGCUCGCUCUCAAAGACCACCCGUUCUACAUUGAAGUCAAAGCCGAUGAAUCAAUUGCUCUGUCCAAAACUGUCGGACCAAACAACCACCUCACCAUUACAGGGACAUCUAGUGGUGCCUGUACAAGAACACACAGAGAGUUGUACACCAUUGGAGGGAAUUCAUUUGGCAAAGUCUGCAUGUUCCCCUUCAUGUACAAAGACCGGUGGUAUGGAGACUGCACAACAUUUGACUCUAAAGAGAAGCGCAACUGGUGUGCAACUGAAACCAAAUAUGAGCACGAACAGUGGGGAUACUGCCCAACUUCUUCCACAGAACACUGGAAUAGAAACAUUGUUACAGGAGCAUAUUACCAGGUGAAUAUGCAAUCAGCGCUGACCUGGGUGGAGGCUGACACCAGCUGCAAACAACAGGCAGCAUCGUUGGUUAGUAUCGUCGAUCCCGUCGAGAAGGCCUUUAUCACAGCACUAACCAGAACGGGAAGGAAUAAGCUUUGGAUUGGCUUGGUUUCGAACUCAGAACAUGGCUGGCACUGGACUGAUGGAAAGCCCUUUCGCUAUCUAAAGUGGGAUGCCGGACACCCACUUCCUAAUCCGGGACACAACUGUGCACUUCUCGACACUGCUGGGCAGUUCUCGUGGCAAAGUUCUUCUUGCACAAAGAAACUGGGUUACAUCUGCUACAAAGGCGGCACCUUGCCAGCUCCUCCACGAAUUGAAGAAGGAUUUUGCUCAAACCCCUGGGUCCCUUACAAUGGACACUGUUUUCACCUUCAGCGCAAUGCAAAGUCAUGGCCUGAUGCUCAGAGAGAGUGUCGAAAAGAGGGAGGUGACCUCAUAAACAUACAGAACGUGGAGGACCAAAGCUUUGUCAUCUCUCAGCUUGGAUAUGCAUCUACUGAUGAGCUUUGGAUCGGACUGAAUGACAGAACCACUGAAGGGUUGUUUGACUGGAGUGACCACACAACUGUCACCUUCACCAGCUGGGAGUUUGGGAAACCGACUGUCUCCUCUAAUACAGAAGACUGUGUUCUCAUCAGAGGCGAGAAUGGGAACUGGGCAGACCGUUUCUGUGAUGAAACGCAUGGAUACAUUUGUAUGAAGCAAAGUGCCACUGAAAGAACUGGAGAUGAAGUAGAGUUGGACGCUGGCUGCAAAGCUGGCUGGAGAAGACAUGGUUCUUUUUGCUACUUUGUUGGAACUGAGACAAAGACCUUUGAUGAAGCUAAAGAAGAUUGCAAAAGCUCAGACUCCUACUUAGUUGAUGUCUCAAAUGGGGUGGAUAAUGCCUUCCUUGUGAGUCUGGUGGGACUGAGACCAGAGAAACACUUCUGGCUUGGUCUCUCUAAUCAGAAUAACAUUGAUGUCUUUGCCUGGACCAACACGGGGUUUGUGAAAUUUACUCACUGGAAUGCUGGAAUGCCAGGUAUCCUACAAGGUUGCGUUGCAAUUGCGACUGGGUUUUCUGCUGGACUCUGGGAUGUACUGCCCUGCACCAAUAAAGAGAAAUAUAUCUGCAAAUACAUGGCAGAGGGGGUGGUUGCAACAGAACCACCCCCAACUCAAACUCCUCCCCAGUGUCCGGAGGGUUGGCAUCGAGUGGGAACAAGAAGUGUUUGCGCUAAGUUUUUCACAGGGCCGCGGUCAGAAGAGAAGACCUGGUUUGAAGCCAAAGAUUACUGCAGGGCCAUAGGAGGAGAUCUGUUAAGCAUCCACAGUGCUUCAGAAAUGAUGAUUGGAAGUAGAGGGGGAAAAGCUUGGAUUGGACUUCAUUUUCUAGAUCCAAACACUGGUUAUGUAUGGACGGACGGAAGCGCGUUCAAUUUCCAGCACUGGCAGGAAGGAGAACCAAACAAUUUUAACAAUGAUGAAUCCUGUACUGAAUUUGUGACAUACAACUGGGACGAGUCCGGCUCGUGGAAUGAUCUGAACUGUGAAAGUUACAAUGACUGGUUGUGUCAGAUUCGAGCAGGAGUAACUCCAAAACCACCUCCCAACAAUACAGCAAUAGAAAUUAACACCACGGCAGAUGGUUGGCUUCAGUGGAGAGGGAACCAAUAUUUCCUCAACAGAAUGUCCAAGUCAAUGGAAGAGGCUCGUCAAUUCUGCCAGGAGAGACACGGCGACUUAGCAUCACUCACCAGUAAAGAGGAAAACAUUUUCGUAUGGAAACAGAUAUCAAGACUGUAUGGGUCAUGGUACAUAGGGUUAUUAGUGGAUCUUGAUGGGUCAUUUUGGUGGAUGGAUGGUACUCCAGUGACGUUUCAAAGAUGGGAUGAAGAUCAACCUAAUUCUAAUGCCUUUGAUGAGAACUGUGUUAGCAUGGGUUAUCAUAUGGGCUAUUGGCGAUCUUCUAACUGUGGAAGAGAGGCUCAGUCCAUCUGUAAAAGAUCAAACUCAUCACCUGUCAACACCACUGCAGCCCCGACAAUGCCUCCCAAAGGUGGAUGCCAACCCACAUGGACAAAAUUUGGUACAAUGUGUUACAAGAUCAUAAGUGACCGCAAGACCACCUGGGAAGAUGCAAGAACUCAGUGCAUCAAUAUUGAAGCCACUUUAGUGUCCAUUCCUACAAGACAAGUGCAAUCAUUUUUGAUCAGCAAAAUGCUCACUGCAGCACAUGCAGACCUAUGGAUAGGUUUGAACUCUUUAAGACAAGAUGGCUUUUUCUGGACUGAUGGAAAAACACGGCAAUACACCAACUGGGGUUAUGCUAAAAAUCAACGACGUCCUGGAUCAUUUUAUCAAAGGUGGAAUGAGGAAGAGUGCGUGCUGAUGUCCAGCACUUCAGCCUUUGGGAUCGGUAAAUGGUUGAUAAAGUCCUGCAAUGACACAAAUGGAUAUAUCUGUCAAAAAAAUAUUAACCCUAAUAUUCCGGGUAACGUGGAUCCAGUUGAUCCUUUCAUCUAUGAGCAACUGGGAAAUGAUAGCAUCAAGGCUGUGACUCAAAAUCUGACCUGGGCCGAUGCCAAGAAACGCUGUGAAAAUGAUAAGGCUAACCUUGCCAGCCUACGAACUGAGUGGACAAAUGCCUAUGUUGAGUUACUGGCUUUGGUUCUUAAAGCUCCUCUGUGGAUUGGACUUAACAAAGAGGAGACUCAAGGUUAUUUCAAGUUUGUUGAUGGUUGGCACCUGAGCUCCAGCAACUGGGCCGAAUCUGAACCAAGCAGGGACAAACCGUGUGUGUACGUAGACGUGGAUGGAAAAUGGCGGACCGCUUUCUGCAACAAGACUAUGAACAGUGUCUGCAUGCAGUCAACAGAUGUUGCACCUACAGAGUCCACCAUAUUUCCUGGACGUUGCCCUGAAGAUACCAGUGUGGAGUACCAGGAUAGUUACACCUGGUUGCCAUAUAAAGGCAACUGUUAUUUGUUUGUCACAGAUGAAAUUGAAUGGGCAGAUGCAGCUAGCAGCUGUGUAAGACAUGGUGGAGUCCUGACAAGUAUUGAAGAUCCAUCUGAGCAACAAUUUCUCCAAAGCAACAUAGAGGUAUUUCAAGACAGCCACACCUCUUUUUGGAUUGGCCUGUUUCAGACACACAAAGGACUAUGGGCAUGGUUAGAUAAAACAGUCCUUGACUAUACUAACUGGGAUCAAGAUGAGCCUGAUUCUGAUUUUGGAGCCAUCAGAACUACGGAUGGGACAUGGAGUUCUGGCCGCAGAUGGCAUGACAGAUCAUAUAUCUGUAAAACACCCAAAGUUAUGUUUCCAGAUUCAGACACAAAACCACAGCCUCAAGGAGGUGAUGAUCCACGCAGUCGUGUCCACACAAGUUUGGUGGUAGUGAUGCUUAUUGCCAUCAUUUCUACGCUAACAGUUGUCGCUUUCUUCAUCUACAAGAGGUCUCCCCGUCCCUUCCCCACCUUUGAAAAUCCGCUGUAUUUCAAUGGCGAUAAAUCUCCGCCAGAUGUGGUCGACACUAACAAACUGAUCGAGAACGCUGAAAUCUCAGAAAUCCCCUCAGAAAUCCCAGAGCCUAUUUUAGCUUUGUGAUUUAGGUAUUUGCAGAAGUUGAAGUUGGGCAAACUAGUUUGAGAAUAAUUUUACUGUAUAAACACAACUAUGCUUCAGUACUUUACUGCAUACAAUAAAUAUUCAGUAAUUUAACAAUAACUGUAUUUGUUCUUUCUAUAGCCUUAGCUAAAUGUAUAUAAUGGCUACAUAUAGGCUAAUUUUCUAGAUGUUGUUUAUUGCUUUUACUGUUUGAAUGUAAACUGCGUGUCACUGUUGAAACAUUAUAUUAAACCUCAUACAGUAUUA